AUGCCCCCGCUCACUGCGACGCCGAAGCCUCUGGAGCCGCUCGUGGUCGCCCCCAUCGACCGCGAUGCGUGGAUCGAGAAGGUCUUCGGCCCGCGCGAGCGCAAGCAGAAUUUCGUGCACCGUAGCGUGCAGUCGAAUGGCAAUGGGGAGGAAGGAGCGAGCUGCUACAGUGAAGAACUGGCCAAGUUGAUAGCCGAGUCCUGUGCAAAUCUGAGCAAUGAAGGCGAAGAACCUCUCGACGACUCGGACGACGACAGUUCAGAGGAAGACGCGGAGAUCGACGACGACAUCUUCGACUUCGCCGGCGCACAGCCGGCCGACAAGUUCGUCGCGCCUCCUGUGGAGGUCCCGCGCAAUUACCGGGCGCAGGACCUGCACGGUGGCAUGCUGGUGGGGGGAGACUGUGUCUUGUUCACGAAUUGGGCCUUCAAGCGCCAACUUCGCCGCAUCAGGCGCCUCGCUCCGAUCCCAGAGCGCCGAGAUGCUGGCAAAUACGAGCGAUCACAGUCGGACGACGAGUGCAGACCGAAGGGAGUGUACUCGGGCAAGAUCGUUGAGCUGUAA